AUUACAGUACUAUAAUAAACAGACCAUAUGCCACACAGUUCUUCAGUCAGACAAAACACCAUAUGGCCCUAAGGGCAGGGACACACAAGCGUUUAGUCCCUUACACAAGCCGAUUAACCUGUUGAAUAAACCAGUUCGUUUCUUUCUCAGUAAGUUACUCGUGAUAUUCCCUCUUUUUACCGCGCAAAGUAAAUUUUUAACACAAAGCAAGCAUUACUAUGUGAAUGUAAUCAUACAUUAAGUUAAAAUCGAGUUUCGGAUGGAAAUUAGCCAGUCCGUGGUCAUGAGCUUGUGUCAUGGCUGAAGGAGUCCCGAAGUGAGGAUCAAAACCGCAGAGCCAUGGAGGAUGAGGUCCCGUCCAGAUCUCAGUCAACUAACUCCAUAUACUCACACAGGACUGAUGGAGCCUCCGCCUUGGGGAAUCAUGCUGAACAUAACCUCACUGUCAGUGAGACUGUGUUGGUGGUUGGUAAGACCCCAGAAAGCCCAAGCAUGACCGAAGAGGCGCUAUACGUACCCCGACUGGUGUCCUCAGUAGAUGCUUGUACCAACACUGACCCUCCGUAUAAAUGCUGCCCAUGGCUGUGGAGAUUGUGCCCCUGUCCACCCAAAGGCAUGCUGGCUACCAUAAUCACCAAAGUGAUCAUGGCUGCAGUGCUCUUUGGGGUGGUGUGGUCUAUCACGGAGAAAGAAUGCCUACCGGGCGGAAAUCUCUUUGGCAUUGUAACCUUGUUUAUCUGUUCUGUGGCCGGAGGAAAGCUUAUUGGAUGCAUACGCUUUCCAAACUUGCCUCCAUUACCUCCUCUCCUUGGCAUGCUGUUGGCUGGAUUUAUCCUCAGAAACAUCCCUGUUGUGACAGAUGCAGUUUACAUUGACGUUAUAUGGUCUGCUUCUCUGAGAAACAUCGCCCUGGCUGUCAUUCUGGUCAAAGCUGGACUGGAAUUAGAUGGAAAGGCUCUGAGGAAGCUAAAAGCAGUGUGCUUGCGUCUGUCCAUCCUUCCUCUCGCCUUUGAGGCUACCACUAUGGCUGUGACCUCUCAUUUAUUACUGGGUCUUCCAUGGGUCUGGGGAUUUAUUUUAGGGUUUGUUCUCGGAGCUGUUUCUCCUGCAGUAGUGGUUCCAUCCAUGCUACUUCUGCAGAAGGAAGGUUAUGGAGUAGAACAGGGUAUACCUACUCUUCUCAUCGCAGCCUGCAGCUGUGACGAUAUUGUCGCCAUUACCUGCUUCACCACAUGCUUGGGUGUAGCUUUCGCUACAGGUAGCGUGUGGUUAAAUGUGCUGCGGGGACCACUGGAAGUAUUAGGUGGUGCGGUCGCUGGUGUGGCUCUAGGGUUUUUUCUACAUUACUUUCCCAGCAGAGACCAGGGAAAUCUGUUGCUGAAGCGCUCCUUCCUGGUGUUGGGUCUGUCUGUGUUUGCUUUGUUUGGCAGUAAUGUGGCCGGAAUCCCCGGCGCGGGAGGUCUCUGUACGCUCGUGUUAGCGUUUGUGGCAGGAAUAGGCUGGGGAAAAGAUAAGGCUCCAGUGGUGGAGGUGGUUGAAAGGUUUUGGCAUGUGUUCCAGCCUCUGCUCUUCGGUCUUAUCGGUGCUGAGAUUGUCAUUACUGCUUUAGAGAUCACCACUGUGUCCCUAGGUUUUGCAGCUCUCCUCAUUGGUCUCACUGCACGCCUGCUCUUCACUUUUGUUGUGGUUCUUCGCGCUGGCUUCAACGUGAAAGAGAAAGUCUUUAUCGCUCUAGCCUGGAUGCCUAAAGCCACAGUACAGGCUGCAAUAGGCUCUACAGCUCUGGACAUGGCACGCUCUAAGAAUGACGCGGAGCUACAGAAGUACGGUAUGGACGUCCUCACCGUGGCUGUGUUGUCCAUUCUCAUCACUGCUCCUAUUGGAGCGCUUGUCAUCGGCCUGCUUGGCCCUCGAAUUCUCCAGAAACCAAAGAACCCAGAGUGGGCGAUUAGUGAAGGUGCGUUAUCGGCAUCAGGGACUCCGGUGACAUAUGAAAGCGCCCUAUGAUACAUUUAGAGGCUACCAGGUGUUUCUGGAAUGGACUUUCCAGGACCUUUCCAGGAUGUGAACAUCACUGCAUCUAAAAAGUUCUUCUCAGUGCACUUCCAAAUUUAUGUUGAGGUGCUGAGGUCAGAAGUGGAAGACAUGUUAAUCAGGUGGAAAUUCCCAGAUUUUGAUUACUACUUUUUGAAUGGAAACUGAAUGGAGUAAGUGGUCAUGGUUCAUCUCCAAAACAUGGAGCGAUUUUGUUUUGCAUCAAAAACAACAGGGAUCAUUCUGACACUAUCAAUGUUUUCAGUAUUAUUUCUAACUAGAUGAUGUUGAUGUGAUGAUAGAUAGUUUUUUAUAGAUAGAUGUAUUACGUAGUGGUCAGUGUUUUCUUAGGGCUCCAGUAUUCAAUUUAUUGUAUGACAUAACAAAAAAACAGUAAUCUGAAGGUGGAGCUCAACAUGCAUUUUGUUUACAGUGGAAUUAAGUUACAUUUAAAACAUAUUGAAAAAUAGAAUAUUAAAAUCAUAUGGGUGAUUCUCACGAAAACUUGGUUUUAAAAAUGUCAAGCAUGAAAAUGUAAAAAUUGCUUAAAUUUACUUUUUUCCCACCAGACAUUGAAAAACAAAGUCUGGAGUAAAUGGGAACAUUAAUUUAAAAACUUUUACUUAUCAUUUAACACUUUUUGUAACAUAAUUUAAAAAAUUAGUCCUAAAAAAUCUCAUUACCGCAACAGUCAGAAAACAUCAACACUGACAUAUUUUCAAAAUGACAUGACAAACC